GGCAUUUUUAGGUAGAAAGGGUGAACAAAUACUGCUUUCUAACUAGGUGUCAGCUUUAGGGCUAGCACGAUUUUAAAGGGCCAAGUUAAGACGAUUAGAACCGCCCCUGCAGUCGGGCUUAGGACUCCCUGCUCUCAAGACGCUGAGCUCAGCUCUCCUAUCUCAGUCUAAAAAUCCCAGAACAAGGUUCUUGCAGCGCUCCUCGUUUGAGAGGAGGAUUGGGAUGCUGACUAUUUACUUGGCCAAGGGGGUGAGAGACAAGGACGAGCAAGCCCCCGAGGAAAAGGUAGACAUCAGUAAUAGCUUUACCCCACCCCUUUUUAGUGGUUCCUUGAUUGUUUCCUAUGACUCUCUUACGGAAUUCCGGGUGUAUGUGACCCCCAAUAAUUCCUUAUUUACUUCUUGAGUCAAGUAAAGUGAGGUACGUCGAUUUCCCUUGCUGCUAAGGUAAGUGCCGCCAAGCCUAGGCUUACUCCUUCAAGUUAUAGUUUAAGUGUAAAGAUCACAGUAAAUACUACCAUCCUUAAGAUGUGGAGAGGAUUCUUUUUGCCUUUUUUUUUCUCCCAAGUAGUUUUUCCUUUGUGCAUGAUUGGAGAUAGAAUUCAGGGGGAUUUUAGGUAUUCAUGAGACAACUGGAGGGAACAAACUCGAAUAUGAGUGGAGAAGAAACUGAGUUGGACUCCUGCCUGAUCCCUGGUUAUGGUAGGAUGAAUGUUGGGGUGGCACACAGCGAAGUAAAACCCAACACAUGAGUGAUGAAUAGUCGUGGUGUCUGGCAGGCCUACAUCAUUUUGGUAGGACUGCUGCAUGUGGUUUUACUCAGCAUCCCCUUCUUCAGCAUUCCUGUUGUCUGGACCCUAACCAACGUCAUCCAUAACUUGACUAUGUAUGUCUUCCUACAUACAGUGAAAGGGGCAUCCUUUGAGACUCCUGACCAAGGAAAGGCUCAGCUACUGACACACUGGGAACAGAUGGACUACAGGCUCCAAUUUACCUCUUCCCGCAAAUUCCUCAGCAUCUCUCCUUUUGUCCUCUACCUCCUGGUCAGCUUCUACACUAAGUAUGAUGCUCACUUCCUCGUCAACACAGCCUCACUGCUCACCGUACUGCUGCCUAAGCUGCCCCAAUUCCAUGGGGUUCAUCUUUUUGGCGUCAACAAAUACCGAGGGAUGGACCUGGGGAUUACAUUGGAACAAAGGGUUGUAUCAUCCUUCCCAGACUUCCAGGAAGAGAACACAUUGGAAGAUGGAACUCUGUGGGCCCAGCCCUACUAGGAGCAGCUUUCUUUUAAUCAGGAAAGGCAGGUGAGGUAAGGGCUAAAUCACCUCCUCCACAGCAAAAAGCCAUGUUUGGGUAACUUAUUUGGAGCAAGUGUUUCCAUUCCCCUCACCUUCCAAGUCUGUUUUGCUGCGUAUUUUCCUCAUAAUAAAGAUAAUCUUUUUCA